GAACAAGAAGAUGAGGAAUACAGCAUUAUCCGGAUGGCUGAUAUCAUUGUAUUUGGUCGGUGCCAUACUCUUGAAGUUCUUGAAAAGUGACGAUGUGUGUGAACAGUUCGUCAACUUCCUACCAGUAUAUUAUGAAAACAUAAGUUUUAUAAAUGAAUCAAUCCGUAAAUCUGACCACUAUUAUUAUACACAAGUUAUACGUCGUAAUUCAGAAUAUUCAAGCGUAAUUUCUGGAAGGCGUCAAAUGAAUCCUGGACAAAUUUAUAAAUCUCCAUUUCCAAUCGAAUUUUUCGGAGAACGAUAUGAUUCGUUCAGUUUAGACAAUUCUGGCAAAAUGCAGUUUCACAAUCCUGGAAACGAAAUAACUAGCGGCGGAAUUAUUUUAUCAACGAUUUCUUCAAAGACAUCACUAUUCUCUUGCAGUUUAACUG